UACUGGAAGUCUCGAAAGUGGGAAGAAGUGCGCCUGCUCCAACUUUGAUAGAGGCCGACAGCCGACCACCUGACUGGAAGACAACACAAAGUCUGCCGAAAUGCAGCGGCUCAAUUCUCUCCUCUAUUUCUUGGCUUUCGUCCUUUUUUCGUUUGGAGGUGCUGAGGCAACGCGGACUAAGGACAAAAUUUACGCCCAUAUUGAAGGCACUGCGGCCUGUUUCAGACGUCUCAAUGGAACGCACCAGUUCGGCUGCGCCUCUCGAAGGACAGGCAAUGUUGGUGUUUUGCAGCUUCUCAAGGAACCAGCCGACGUCACCUGGUUAACAAAAGAGGCGCCUGAUGACACAUACAUGGCCAUUGUUCACUCGAACAUGUUCACUGAGCAAACUCUGCGUGCACUGAAAGAUUCGCCAAAAGUAGGCGGAGUAGUUUUGCUGCGUUCAGAUACAGAGGAAAACAACCUGGCCUCAUACUCUCCUGAAGACUCGUGUCCAAAUCGGUACUCUGGCCUUUCCAGCUUUGAAAAACAGCUCUGUUCAGACAGCAAGCCUUGGAAUCCGAAGGGAAGCUCUCUGCUGCAGGUUGAUUGGGGAUUUCCAAUUUUCUACGUUCAUAACGACACUAGUAUUAAGAACAUCACGGACUGUUACGUGAAGCACAACUCUGAGAGAGAAGGUAUGACAACGCGCUCCCUUUGUGCCAUGGAGAUGCAGGCCUUCAUGAUUGCUGCAAAAGAUUCGGAAACUUGUAUUCGCAGAAGCAAUAUGAUCAACAACUUAAAUCCAAUGCGUUAUUGUGAUCCCAUGGGUGAUCGAAACGUAUGGGCCACUCUCUUUGCUAGAGACGCGAGUGAACAGGAGAAAAGUGUGAUUGUGUUGGCUGCCAGGUUAGACACGACAUCCAUGUUUGACGGAGAGGCACCUGGCGCGGUCAGCACAGUCACUGGACUGGUAACCGCGCUUGCCACCUAUGGUUUACUGUCUGAUAUGAAGACAGAGCUCGGUCCGGACAGGAGUGGUGGCAAUGUAAUGCUCAUGCUCUUCAAUGGCGAGGCCUAUGACUACAUCGGCUCUAGCAGGCUUGUUUACGACAUGAGCAACGGAAUGUUCCCUCCAAAGUGGUCAAAUGUUCCAGCACUGAACAUAUCCAAAAUCAGAAUGAUGAUUGAACUCAACCAGCUCUCCCAAAUCAACCAAUCUACAGGUGCAGUUGCUCCUAUGUACUUGCACAAAACCCUGGACAGCCCAGAUAUCGCCAAUUUCAUACAAUCCAUGAAGAGUCAACAAGCUGCUCUAAACCUCAACCUUUUGGACAGCACCGCUACAUCGAUUCCUCCUGUGAGUCUGCAGUCCUUUGUUAAGGCAGAUGCAAACUUCCCUGGUGUUGUCAUCACAGAUUAUGACCAGAGUUUUACAAACAAGUUCUAUCAUAGUGUUUUGGAUGAUGUGAAGCUACUUAAGUUCAAAUACUCAAAUGGAACGGCACCUCCGUCAGAUUCCAUUCAGGCAUAUCUGGCUAAUCUGAGCACGGCGCUUGGAAGGUCUAUUUAUGAGAUGAUUGCUCAGAAGCCAUAUACUGGAACAACAAAAGUGGAACCAACACAGAUGGACGAGUUGCUUCAUUGUUACCUGAACUCGCUGAACUGCAGCUUGUUCCACAGUGCAACCAAUGACGACUUCACCCUGCCCGAGUAUCCACCACCCCUUUACGUGGGGGUGAGCAACAGUCUGAACGCAGUCACUGGACUGUCAGGUCGACUCAUCGCCCUGCUUACAGGUGCAGAAACAAACUUUUCCAAGGAGGAGUGCAAGUUGAACGAGAGUGACGUGACACAUCAAUACUUGUGGAUGAGAGGAAAUAUGGGAGCCGGAGUUUGUGUGCAAACAACCAUGAACUACUCUACUGCUUCCAGUCCUGCGUUUGACAUUGAAGGUUAUAAUUGGAAGUCUGGACAGUACUCCACUUGGACUGAGUCAGUCUGGAAAGGCUUUGAAGUCCGCAUUUUCCUGAAGCCAUCAUAUGGCCAUGAAGCUUUUGUCAUCAGUUUUGGAUCCGUCUUUCUUGUUUUCUCAUUUAUCGUAGUUUUCUUCAUUUACAAGCAAUCAGACAUUUUCUUCGAGCCCAACAUUUCUAAUGGAGGAUGCUAGGAAAGCGACGCAAAUCAGAUAUCUAUGCGGGACCUGCGAACAAGCAGCGAGCAAAUUGCCAACCUGUGAAAACUAGGCUGGUAGUGUGCCUUGUAGUGCUAGCAGAGAAGUGUGUUCACAGAAGUUCACAGAAAGCCACAAGUUCCUGCCAUCUUCAGUAUAGAAAGUCAGCCCUGCAAGUGUCUCGAUGAUUCUGAUUUGCACCUCGGAAAAGCUCUAACAGCUCUUAAGUGUUUAAUUGUUUACAGUGCUAAUUAUUGUUUAUGUGUAAUUGAUCUCUCAUCAUUACUUUCAAUUGCGUGGGGUUGAGAAAUGCACUUACGUUGAUAAGAAAUUGGUUCUGCAAAGUAAACCGUGUCAGCUGGACUAUAAUGCAAAGGGCUAGCUAUCAUUCCGUUCGUUUUCUCAACCCUUGUCACAGGCUACAUUUUACGGUUCGUGCUAACUGUGAUAAUUGUGGAAUUAAUUAUAGUUGUAAGUGUGUCAAUGGAAAGCUGACAAAGUUUUCCAUUAUUCUGGUUGUUUACUAGCAUGAAUGUGCAUUGAUGCGAAGGAAUUUUGAAAGAUUGUUUUUUAUAAUGUUUGCACCUGCCAAAUAUGACAUAAUCUUAAGUUCUUAAAACGUCGUAUUCUUCCUUAAUAAAAUUGUAAUGAAUUGAUAGUAUUUUAUUGUCAUAAUUUUACAUUUUGUACCUUGUCCAUAAAAUAAAAGCACUUCAAUUGAAUUUUUACUA